AUGUCACGUCGAAAAUUCACGUUUGAAAAUCCGGAAGACAGCUAUUGGAAUGAAACCGACUCAAACUCGUCCUCGCUAUUCGAUGAUUUGCAAUCAAAACAACAUCAAGCGCGUGCCGCAGUCGACAAUCUAUUCGGCGGCGAUGAAACUCCAAAACCGUUUGUUCGUCCGAAGAAUCCGACACCGCCACCUCCAGCAACAACAAAAGCGGCAGAAACCGGAAAUAUUCGACUCACAAACUCAUCGCCGAGAACAUCUGGAAAAAUUGUUGAUGAAUUUCUGAACAUGAAGUUUUCGGAAAACGUGAAAGUGGGACAAUUGAUUCAAUCAGCUCCAUCCGUAGUAUCCGAAGCUAGCGCCAGUAGUCUACCGAGUGAAGCACAGCGACUAGAUUUAGAUUAUUCUCGAUUAAAAUCUGAACAUCGAAAGCUUCAACAACAUCUUGAAACAGUGCGACAUGAUCGAUUCCGACCUUUGAGCGUUGAAAAGGCGGUAGAACGCAUGAUCCACGGAAAUGAAGUUUCACUGGAUUGUUAUAGGUCUUAUCGCGAAAAGCAAGCUUUAUUGAAUUGUGCUGUAAAUAGUUUUGAUUCUAAUACAAUAUUCAAGGUUGUGAUAUUUCUUGAGCGAACACUUAAAGAGCCCGUAUUCUUAAAGCUGAUUGAAACACAAAGAUCAGCUUGUCGCGUAUACGUCAAACAUUUGCAAAUACUUGGCGAAUGGGAAAAAAUGAAGCAAUUUCUGAGAGGAGUUGGGAAAUAUCAACACGGCGCAAUCAUCGAGUUUGAAGCAACUCGAAAGUUCAAGAAAAUUCCGGAUAAGCGAGUACCGUUGCUUCGAACAAUGCUUCACGGCACAUUCUCAAUUCCCGAAAUGAAGUUUGAAGCUAAGCAAAUCGAAAGCCUAAUCAGGAAUUAUGAAAUUCAGCUUCAAAUUGAGAAAACUGAUGCCAAUGCGAAAAGCGAGGUGUUUUCCAAGUAUCCCAAGACAUGCUCACUCAUCGGACUUCCAUCGCUAUCAACUCUUUAUUAUUGCGCAAUGUACCACUAUGAUGAUCCGAUUACGUCUGUGGCGAGCCCAACAAAUAUUCGCCAAAUUGGUCGAUUCGGUGAUCGUGUUGCAGUUCAGACAAUGGUUUCCGCAUUGACCCGUCAAAGUCGUUGGCCGGAUAUUGAUAAGCUUCUCCAACCAAAGACAAUGGCGAUUACUUUGAGUGCAGCAAAAAACGUUUUUAAAGGUAAAAAGGUGACCAGUAAAUGGAGUGUGGCAAUCAACAAUCACAAUCUUCUCACGAUCAUUAAACGAUCGCAUUCGUCUCCACCAACAGAUUUCAUAUUUGGUAUUCUUCGUGGUGAGACUGAUGCUCAAGAACGCCUUCGUUUAGCGUUGCUUUUUGAUGUACCCGAGAUGGUCAUUGAAUGCAUGACCCAGAAAGGUGAUCGCGCCGCUCUCACCGCCUACGCAAAAACUCUCAAACCAAAUUCAGUUGAGUCUUUCAAAGCAAUUGCCGCUCUUAAUAAUACGGCAAUCAAAUGGAAAUAG